UCGCUGUCAUUAACACCUAGUGCGGGGGGACGGGCAGUCGCUCUCGUAAAGAAAGUCGAACCAGCAGCGGGCAAGAACAAAUUCCGGAAAUUAGUAGGGUACUGAUACAGGUUUUCGUACUACGCCGUUCAUUCCUGCUGGUCACUUUAAUGAACAUACUUGAGCAAUAAUGAGACAUUUCAACAAAGGGAUUCUAUUAUUUCUUUUUGAUACCCUUUUGCUUAUUACGGAAGCCCAGACCGCACAUGGUCCCUACAUGGCGAAUCAGUUCGGCGGAGGGGGAUAUAACCAACCAUACAACAACCAGGGCUACAACCAGCCAUAUAAUCAACAAUACAGUCAACCCUACAACCAACAAUAUAACCAACAGUAUAAUCAACAAUAUAACCAACCCUACAAUAACCCAUCGGUGGGAGGUGGAUAUAACGCCCCAGUGUUUCCCACUACCUCCACAACCACCACACCAGGAACAACGGUAGAGACAGAAUUCGAACUAGAAGAAACCACUAUUCCAAUCACCACAAGCACAACCACAACAACAACACCCAAACCUCCCCCACCACCGAAAAAGCCACAACGGCGGGGACCACCCUCCCAAAGACAGGAACACCAACCAGAGCCGAGGCGAAACAAUUGGAUGGGACCACCAGGUGGUCACCAAAAUAUGUGGCCACAAAGGGGACCUAAUGCCCAAAAUCAAAAACAACCACCGCGAAAUUACGUACCUCCAAGUUUUCAGAGACCGCUUAAGGGGCAACAGAAUAUGUAUAAUCCCCCUUCAAAUCAGCCUUUCAGAGGUCAACAAUAUCCAAACAAUGGUCCACCCCAAGGUCCACCUCAGAUGAAAGGUCAGCCGGUCAGCUAUAACCAGCCUCCGUACGGCGGUGGUCCACCUUAUAACUUCCAACAACAACAACAACAACAGAUGAGACCUAACACAAAUCAGUACAGACCGCCACCACCCGCUGGUAUGCCUCCAAUGCAAUCCCCAAUGCAACCACCAAUGAGACAACCUAUGCAGCCAAUGCCACCACAACAACCGCAACAACCAUUGCAGCCAAUGCCACCACAACAACCGCAGCAACCAAUGCAGCCAAUGCCACCACAACAACCAAUGCAGCCAAUGCCACCACAACAACCAAUGCAACCAAUGCAGUCAAUGCAACCUCAGCAGCCGAUGCAACCACCGCAACAGGCCCUUCCACCUAUGGCACCGAGGCCACAGGCAUCUAUGAGCAAUACGGCCAACAUGAUUCAGAAACCUCCUGUAUCACAGAACAUACCGCCACUUGGUGUCAAAGCCCCCAAGACAGUUGGGGAACAGUGUCCUACUUAUCGCUACACAGUGGAUAAUAACUUUGUCGAAUUCCACACGGUACCUGGUAACUGUAAAAUCCAAGUGAUGUAUCCGCCAGGUGGAAAUGGACCACCAAAAGUGCAAUUUCUGGCUAAGGUCCCCGCAAAGGCAUAAAAGGCAGAAAAAAAUAUUUUUCAAACUGAAGUUCUUUUGGACAUGAUUGUGACUGGUCAUCGGGUUUCGUUUUCGCCAUAUAUACACAGAUUCAUGUAUAUUUCUCCCAGGAAACACUGUCCAUAGUUUGUGAUCAGAUGACCGUUACAGAAUAUAAAAGCAGAACCGAGUCGACAUCCGGAAACGACUCCUCGUAUAUUUCGCCGUUGUUUUUUGUGUAAAUGGUGCGAAUGAUUUAGUGUGUCGAGAUGAAAGUGGGUCCCCUCAUUUCUCAUUGACUUAUCAAUUUAUCAUGUGUUUAUUUUAUUUCCGGCUUACAAAUAAACGUCUAGAGAUUUUUGCAUAUAUAUAUAUAUACACAACAGUGAUUAUUUUUCAACAAAAUUUAGAUAUAUUUAUUACUGCAGACGCAUGUACAUGUAUAUCAAUACUCUUUUCAACAACUUUUCAAUGUCAUAUAAACUACAUAAACUAAAAGAUGCAUUUUAAAUAAAUAUCAAUUGUGGUCUUGAAAGGAAUGUAUGCAAAUGUAUACAUUAUUCAUGAUGUUGUUAUAAAUAAAUUAUAUAUGUUUUU